GGCUACCUUGCUUCACCGUCACGGUCACCUUCCUGAGUUCCUCUUCCAACUACCUACACCGGUGGCUUGUCUUCGCCCAUUCCACAUGGGCCACAGGGUGUCAGGUGACAUGGAGACCCCGAUUACCGUGACAGUUCUACAUUCUCUUUGAACUUUGAAUGCCGUGAUGGCAUUGACCGUUGAUUGGGCAGGAGCAAGCAGGACAGAGACUCUCUCUUAACUGAGAACAACGAUGCAAUGGAGGGCUUAGCUGCAACCACGUCAUUGACACAAGAACAGAUUGACCGUAUAGCUCGCAACAAAGCGGCUGCUCUUGCCCGGCUUGCGAAGGCCCGGGGGCUCGUUGCGUGGGCGGCACAAGCCUCCCUCCCACAAACCGCGACCGCAGCAACCACACACUUGCCUGAUCAGAGGGCCCAUGUUCUCCCCACUGCUCAACUGCAAGUUAGCCCGCAAGGAGAAGACCGCACCCAGGUCUUAGCAACGAAGAGGGGCCAGUACCUGAGUUUUGGACUGGGAAACACAGCCAAAAAUGUCAAUGGACUUGAUUGCGGGGACAAUUACACGGCUUUCCCCCCAGGACAUGGUGCCCAAACAGCUGACGGCUUGCGGCUCUGCGAAACUUUGACCCCCUGCGCUUUUAGAAAGUCUUUGGCAGAGCCCCCUCACAUGACCCUGAACAGCCUGGCGGCGCAGGCAGCGUCAUUAGAGGUUAGAAAUGAUGGCCCGCCUCUCACAGGGGUCUCGGGAGGUGACGCAUUGUUGGGCCCUGAACGGCCCAUCCCUGUUGGGGCAGCAAACAGUGCUCUAGAGGCUUUUGCAACUGCGGGGCUUGCGGCGAGGGGCGUCAGCGAGGGAGCCGCUUCUUUAGGUGUGGAUGGGGCCCCUGCCAAUGGCAGCAGAACAGACGGUAGGAGUAUCUUUGAUGUCGUCGAAAACAGGGAGGCUGAGAAGACAGGGAGCAUAAAAGUGGGGGAAGGAGGGGGCCAAGCGAGCCCAGAGGCUGCAAAACGAGCCAGCAGGAAGGGGCCGUUCUUGCGAUGGCCUCGGCAGGUCUUUGACUACUUUCUGGUGAUCGACUUCGAGUGCACCUGCGACAAUGUAACAACGAUAGAAUCGCAGGAGAUCAUCGAGUUCCCGUCCGUGCUCCUGAACGCGCGCACGCUCCGCAUCGAGGACUCCUUUCGCGUGUUCUGCCGUCCGGAGGUCCACUCUACGCUGACGCCCUUUUGCACUCGCUUCACGGGCAUCCGGCAAGAGCAGGUUGAUUCGGGGCUGAGUCUGCGGGAGGCCCUUCAGGAGCACGACACGUGGCUCAGAAGCAAGAACCUCCUGGAUAAGCCCAACCGCUUCGCUGUCGUCACGUGGACUGACUGGGACUGCAAGGUGAUGUUGGAAAUGGAAUGCAAAUGGAAGCGGAUACAGAAGCCGGCGUACUUCAACCAAUGGGUCAAUCUGAAGCACCCGUUCGCAAAGGUCUUCCCCAAAGCGAAGGGCACGUGUCACGGCCUGAGGGGCCACGUGACAUAUGCCGGCGUCACGUGGGAGGGCCGCGAGCACUCGGGACUGGAUGACGCCACCAACACCGCGCGACUAGCCGCGGCGCUGAUCCGGCAAGGGGGCCUGCUAAGCAUCACCGAUUCUUUCAAGAUAUACGCUGCUGACGGGAGCAAGAUUGAACGGGUCUUGAAGAAGCGGCCGUUGGUUCAGGCGGACAGUAACGCUCGGGGGAAAGAACCGGGGAAGGGGUCGGGGGAGAGGUGCCACUGCGGGGUGAAGAGGAAAAAGCGGACGGUGAAGAAGCCCGGCCCGACGCACGGGCAGGCGUUCUACUCUUGCGGGAAGUGGACAAUCACGGGAGGGGGUUGCUGUGAUUAUUUUGAGUGGAUGCACGAUGAAAAAGUUGGGGGACGAGGGAAGGAUUAGUGAAUCGCAGAUUCAGGUGCGGCUCGUUGAGAUCACCACGUUCAAUGUCAUAUUGAAUGCCGAUCCCGGUCUUCGAGCUUAGAGAUCGAGAUUUUAUCAAAUUGGAUCCCGUUGUGGGGCGAGGAAAAAUGAAAGUUUCUCCCUUCAGAACAGUUGCAAGCGUGAAUUAUGUCUACAGCUAGACUAAGAUGAUGAUCCGGAGGCGAGAUUGGGCCGCAUAUCUAGGAUUUUAAGGUUGAAGUCGGACUUUUGUUUCGAAUUUCUAGUGAAUGUUCGUUUACUGGCCCAGUCAUGGCUUUGCAAUGAUGUGCAUGCGUGUGCGGCU